GAGAUUCUCUUCUCUUCUCUAUUUUUUAUAAAAACACUCAGAUGAGAAUCUUUGGUGAAGCUGCCGCCUAUGCCUUUUUUCCGCCAAAAUAGACUGCCCGCCUCAAUCACAACCGUCUAAACCUUCUUAAUUUCGCUGGGUCCCUGUAAGGCUCUAACUGUGGACCCCAUUCCAAUGCAGUUCCAAAGAGAAAGAAAACCAAUUGUCUUCUUCUUUGCUUUCCACAACACUUCCCCCAUCCCUACCAUCCAUUCAGCGGCUCCCUUCCCUUUGAAUCAACUUCGAGUCCACCCAAACCGAUUAGGAUUCCAUGUGGGUUUUCGAUUUUCUCCUUCUUUUGUGAUUUAGUUUUUCCUAUCUUGGCACUGAACUUUUGAAGAAUAGUUAUCUCUUGAAGAUUCCUUAUCUGGGUCUUUGCCACUUCCAUAUUUCACUUUGUCUUGCAUCAUCUUGAUUGUUUUCGAGCUCGCGGGUCUUCUAAUUUUUCUUUGUUUUAUUUGUCUUGUUCUUGUUGAAGAACUUGGGGUAUUUUCCUUCUCUUAAUUUUGCAACUUCGUGUGUUUGGGUUUGGACUCGUGGGUACUGGUUAAUUUUGAUAGUUGACAGAUCUUUGGUUCAGGGAUGAAUUUGAUCACUACUAUUAUUGGGUUUGGGAUGAGUGCCACUUUUAUUGUUUUUGUUUGCACAAGAAUAAUAUGUGGGAGGCUUCGAGCGUCCGAAUCCAGGCAAAUGUUCGAGGUUGAAUCCAGGAUUGACCUUGAACAGCCAGAACAUCGGAUUAGUGGCCUUCAACCAGUGCUUGUUUCUGCUAUUCCCACAAUGAAGUUCAGCCGUGACGCAUUUAGUUCUGUGGAAGAUGCACAGUGCUCAAUAUGUUUAGGAGAAUACCAAGAAAAGGAAGUAUUGCGGAUCAUGCCCAUAUGUGGUCACAACUUUCAUCUAUCUUGCAUAGAUGUAUGGCUAAGAAAACAAUCUACAUGUCCUGUUUGUCGGUUUCCAGUACAAGACUCUUUGGUAACAAAGCGUAUGAGACAAGCAACAAUGGGUAUGCUGCGAUCUGUGGAUAGUCCUGAGACUUCAACUGAACAUUCUCGGCAAUGGCUACUACCUGGUUCUGAGCGUUCAGUGGGGAAUGCUAGUCACCCAGGGCACCUCGACACCGUUUCUGGAAACCCAGAACUUGCUCCAGAAGAGCCACAAACAAGGCAUUGAUAAAGCAAAGAAAUCCGUGUAGUUAAGACAGCAAUAUAUUCAUUUUGAUUCCUGGAAGCUAUCUUACAUGUGCUUCAAGCCAACUUCUGACACUUUUGGGGCAUUGAAUUUCCUUGUUAGAGUAAGUAUAUACAGCUUGAGAUUUUGCGUAAAUCUGUACAUAAAAUUCCUUGAAUCUCUCUGUAGCAUGGUACUGAGACUGAAUCCUGCUCAUUGUGACAGAACCAUCAUAAUCCUGAAAAGUUGUCAUCGCAAACUCAUGAUAGAUUUUCUAUUGAACUUCUCCAAAUAUUUAGCUGAGCUUGUCAAAUUUUGAAUGUGGGCCAAACCUUUAAAAUGAUCAAGUGAAGGAUGAUUUUCAGCCAUAUGAUUCAAAAGGAUUUUGUGGGAGCAGAGUGCAAGUGUGCCAUUGGCCAUUGGUCUCAUACUAGAUUUGUCGCUGGUCGAAUACCAAGGGGUUAUUUAAUAAUCCAGAAGCCAUGAAUUCUUCACCUGAUGUUCCUGUUGUAUAUGAAGUUAGAUACCUUCAAAUUCAAUUUGAUAUGCUGUGUCACUGCCACGCCUAUAGAGUUUGUGUUUCCGAAAUCCGAAUAUUUGCAUAGCCAAAUUAAUGUAUUUUCUCCCAACUUCAACGUC